AUGGGGGACAGCGCGGAACAGGGUUCUCUAGAAACCCGGGAUGCCUGGCUUGCCGCUCUCAGAAGCAGUUCGACAAAUCUCCGCAUUGAGGCAUUGCGCAAAUUGCAGCACAGUAUCCAAAUCACAGAUGAGACGGUCUCGAAAGAAUUAUUGACCGUGUUGCCCGCUCUCCUCGCGACGUAUCCUCGAUACCUAGAUCGAAAGUCUCGCCGAGCGGUGCAGUCAUGCCUUCGAGCAUAUCUCACAACGCCUUCCUCCGCCGAUGUUGCCUACCCUGCCGUCACAAAGUUCCUGUUACAAGAGAGCCAAAAGGCGGUCAUAGCCCCUGGAAAUGCAUUUGUACUGCUUGAAUGGUGUUGCCUGGUUCAACAAGAAAUACGGCUCAAUGAGAAGUCAUUCGAACAAUGCUUUGGGAAAAUAUGCCUGGCUGCUGCCCGGCUGCUGGAUAAAUGUGAAGACAAAGCGGUUCGGGGCGGAGUUCAAGGUUCGGCCUUGACAAUCGCCCGGAGAGGCCUGCGCGACGCAUUCAAAACACCACAAGUCGGAAACAAGGCGUUGCAACUCGCCUUGCAAGAUGUUGCUAGUUCCUCUGACGCAAAUGCCAGUCAAGCCCUCUAUGUUGGUGUGAUUGCUGGAGUCAGUGCCCGCAUAACAGAGAGAAGAGAACAGCUUCAAGACUCAAAAAAGCAAGUCCUUGAUUUCUAUGUCAAGUCCAUCAUAAGCUCGAAAACUCCCGUGCCGUUCAAUCAGUCUAUGGGCCUCAAAGAUUUCUUCCUCGACUUCGUCGCUCUUCAGGACAUUGGCGAAGUCCUGGUCCCCGCAAUUGAGAAGGCCAUCUUAAGAUCGCCUGAGGCCAUCCUCCAAGGCCCUAUCGAGGUGCUGGCCUUGUGCCUGCCAACAGCACUCGAUAUUUCAGGGUUUGUUCAUGGAAAACUGGUGAAACCUCUCUUAUCAGCCAUGAACUCUACCAAUGCCACCAUUCGCGAUGGUGCAGGUAAGGCUCUGUCAGCCCUUGUUGGGAGAGGCGGGUCGCCAGAUGCCUUGCAGAAGAUUGCUGGAGAAAUCGGGUCCGCGAUGAAAGCUUCAAAGGCCGGUAGCUUUGAAUUGCGUGGUCUAUUGGCCGAUGCUCUAUCAAUAAUCGCCCCCGAAUUAACCACAUCUUCUGUCAUCGCUCAAUCUAUCGUCCCUGCGGCAUCCAAGGAGGCUAACGAGGGCGCGCUGAGGAAAGAGGUUGCUGCGUUAGCACCGCAUCUACAGCUUAUUGUCACAGCUUCCUCCAUCGAAAAAACGCUCUCGGAUCUAAUACUAAAGGGCACCCUUGACAAAAGGCUUCCUUUUCGCAAACUGUGGGUUCUGUGUCUCGCAAAUGUCCUCAAACAUCUUGCGAACGCGCCCUCUGAACGGGUGUCACGUGAAUUCGUCAAGUCAGCCUUGAACAUUUUGAAAGAUGCGUACGACGAGGUUGCCCUCAAUCCCAUCCCAGCAACCCAGAAUGGUUUUGUGGCUGCAGGUUUCGGUCUUCCUGCGAUAUUUGAUGCGCCAAUACUGAAGACAGAUGAGUACAAAUCAAGUACCUAUGAUGAACUCAGAAAUCAAUGUCUUACCAUUCGACCAAAACUGUCUUUCCUCCUGAACCCAAAAGUCUAUACGCGACUCUCAUCUGCAGACGAUUGCCAGUGGGCACUAUAUGCGCUGACCAAUUUGACGCAAAAUCUCGAACAAGCUUCAGAAGAAGCAAAGACUGCAUGGGCAAGAGCCAUCUUGCAUCACCUACUGACGCCUGAAGUUGACUCGAGUGUGCGGAAGCAGACAGGAAUUGUAUUGUCACAGGCCUACUCGGAACGACCAGCUUCAGUAGGCCAAAGCAUAGUACUUGGGAUUUGGGACGUGCUUCGAUCCCGUGCACUGGAGUUGACCAAGAUGGCUGAACAUUCCCUGAAUGACAAUCGCUUGCUUCAGGCGGUGAAGUGCAUAAGCUUACCCAGGGACAGGCUGGAAAAUAUGACCCAGGAAGCGGCAGUUGAGGUGCUGAAGCAACAGGCUAUAUCUACAGUCGUGUUAUUACGCCCUGAGCUGAUUAUCAACUCAAAUUGGAUUGCGACCUGCCUCGCCACUGGCAUCGAUCCAGGUGAACUUGCAAAGGAACGACAGGAACAACUUUUCAAAGAGAUACUUUCACAUUUUGAGGCCAGCAAGAUGGCACCAUUAAACAUUUUCGAGAUCGCUGCCUGCAACUCUGCAGCUACAUUAGCCUUCGUGGCGCCGGAUAUUUUUACGCCAGCAUUGAUUCGUCAAUUUCGGAAAGAUCUAGACCCGGUGCAGUUGGAAGCUGUAGGCCCAACCGAAGCACUCAUUGCUCGAGCCCCUGAAGGCACGAUUGUCGUUGAUGUCCUUGGCCAGCAGACAAAUGGAAUCCUUGAAAACAAGAACCAGAAAGACUAUGAUGUUCUCAAAUGGGAAGAAGAGAUACGCGCACAGUUAGCUAAAAAGAAAGGGGCACCCCAGAAAAAGUUGACUGCAGACCAACAGGCCAAGGUCGACGCUCAACUUAAGCAAGAGAGUGCUACGCGGGCUCGGGUGAGGUCAAUUUCAAGCAACAUCAGAAGAGGUGCAAAAUUCAUUGAGAGUCUUGCUCGUGGUCCGCCAACAGAUGCAGGGCUUUGGAUGUCUCCGGCCAUCACUGCGCUGCUGGGGUCUCUUGAAGCGGGAGCGUCGCUCAUCGUCGAAGACGAGAUCGUCUCAGCUUAUCUUGCCUGCUCCGACAAGAUCUCGGAACGCCUCGGGAACAUGCGCCUUUUUGUCGGCGUUGCAACUCUCAGGUCUCUGCGGAAUGCAAACGUUCCAGAGCAUCUCUGUGUGGAGCCGCUUGCAGAGCUCGGAACAAGGGUGUUGUACAGACUGAGAUUCGCUGCUGAGCACCGCCCUUUUGAUACUGCCAGCACUGCUUAUGCCCUCCCUCUCAUCUUUUCUGUCCUCGAGAAUGGAAAGAUAGGAGAUGUGACGGGCGACGAUGCUGACGCACAAGCCCUCCUUGCUCUCGAAUUUCUAUCUUUCCAGAUGGGAUCCGGUGCCGAUGAACACCUUCCAAGAGCAGAUAUUUUACGCCACUUGAUCAGCGCAAUGCAAACGUAUAACCAGCACUAUCGAAUAAUAAGAGAUUGUUUGUUUGACUUCUCUCGGUCGAUGUCCGACAAUGUCACUUCCGAGGAGAGGGACAUUCUCCUGUCUGCCGUUACCCUUCCCGAGUCCGCUGUCCGAUCUGCGGUUCUUCAGGCCAUUCAUUCAGAGAUUGACUUGUCCGAGAUUGACUAUUCGGUCCAUAUAUGGAUUGCUUGUCAAGAUGAAGAAGACGAAAAUGCGGAGACUGCGCUGGCGAUUUGGGAAGAGUUCGAGUUCACCGUAACCGAAGAACUGGUCGAUAGCAUACCUCCCUUUUUAUUCUCAGAGGCACAGUCGACGAGAACGGCUGCAGCAAAAGCUCUCGCGCAAGCGCUUAUCCAAAUCCCUUCGAAGACAGAGUCAGUAUUGGAAUCCCUCGAAGAGUAUUAUCGAACGGAAGCUCAACCCUUGGUCCCAAAGCGGAAUAAGUUCGGUAUUGUGCAAAAAGGAGAACUAGUUGAUCAAUGGGAGAAGCGAAGCGGCCUUGCACUGGCAUUCAAAGAGCUUUCUUCCGUCCUGAGUGGGAAUGCUUUGGUGCCUUUUAUGAACUUCCUAGUUUCAGACGGCGCCCUCUCAGAUCGCAAUGCUACUGUUCGCUCGGAGAUGGUAGAGACAGGUACAACCUUCGUGGCAGCUCGAGGAAAAGAAUGCCUAGAGCCUCUCAUGGAUCUGUUCGAGAAAGUGUUGCAGGGCCCUGAUAGAGGAACUCAAGAGUCGGAUUGGGUCAAUGAAGCCGUGAUCAUUCUCUAUGGGUCUUUGGCAAGACAUCUACCCGAUGGCGACAAGCGAACAGGGAAUGUCAUACAAAAGCUCCUUGAUACUCUCAGCACACCAUCUGAGUCCGUUCAAUAUGCUGUCGCCAAUUGCCUGCCUCCACUUGUUCGUCCUCCCACUAUCGAUGCUGCACCAUACAUCACCUCUCUUCUGGAUCAGCUUUUCCAGUCCAAGAAAUACGCUGCACGUCGAGGAGCAGCUUACGGUCUUGCAGGAGUUGUCAAGGGCAAAGGUGUGGCAGCGUUGCGGCAACACAGGGUGAUGGUCGCGUUGCGAAGUGCGACUGAAAGCAAAAAGAGCCCCGAGCAGCGACAAGGCGCAAUGAUGGCAUACGAGUUACUGUCAUUGCUGCUCGGUCGGACCUUUGAACCAUAUAUGAUCGAGGUGCUUCCCCAAUUGUUGACAUGCUUUGGCGACCCAGUCGCAUCAGUACGUGAAGCUUGCUUGGACACUGCAAAGACAUGUUUUGCCAGCCUGAGCUCCUUUGGCGUGCGUCGUGUCCUUCCUGAACUACUCGAAGGAUUAAAUGAGACACAGUGGCGUAGCAAGAAAGGAGCGUGUGACCUCCUCGGUGCCAUGGCUUACCUUGAUCCGCAACAGCUAGCCACAAGCUUGCCAGAAAUCAUACCUCCUUUGACAUCGGUGCUGACAGACAGUCAUAAAGAGGUUCGAGCCGCUGCCAAUAGCAGUCUCAAGAGAUUCGGGGAAGUCAUCACAAAUCCAGAAGUCAAGAGCCUCGUCGACAUUUUACUCAAAGCACUGAGUGACCCAACAAAAUACACAGAGGAAGCUUUGGACGGGCUGAUCAAGGUUCAUUUCGUCCACUAUCUCGACGCACCCUCACUGGCCCUUGUUGUGAGGAUCUUAGAGCGAGGGCUCAAUGAUCGCUCAUCUACCAAACGCAAAGCUGCUCAAAUCAUUGGGAGUCUGGCACAUCUCACCGAGAAGCGUGAUAUCGUUACCCAUCUACCGAUUCUUGUCACAGGCCUCCGUCUUGCGUCUGUCGAUCCCGUACCUGCAACUCGAGCAACCGCCUCCAAAGCUCUGGGCAGUCUUGUUGAGAAGUUGGGCGAAGAUGCCUUCCCAGAUCUGAUACCAAGCUUGAUGUCCUCGCUUCGUACAGAUACAGGUGCAAGCGAUCGCCUCGGGUCAGCUCAGGCACUCAGCGAAGUCCUCGCUGGUCUAGGCACUGGCCGUCUUGAAGAAACGCUGCCAUCUAUCCUACAGAACGUCGCCAGCUCAAGACCAACCGUUAGAGAAGGAUUCAUGACUUUGUUCAUCUUCUUGCCGGCAUGUUUCGGCAACAGCUUUGCUAACUAUCUUGCUCAAAUUAUUCCGUCCAUUCUCAGGGGCCUGGCCGACGAUAUCGAAGCAAUUCGCGAAACUGCUCUCAGAGCAGGCAGGUUACUCGUGAAGAACUUUGCGACCAAAUCCAUUGAUCUCUUGUUGCCAGAAUUGCAACGUGGGCUGGCUGACGACAGCUACCGUAUUCGUCUCAGUUCAGUUGAGCUUGUCGGGGACCUCCUCUUCAAUCUCACCGGGGUCAGUGCUCAAACAGAAGCCGAGGAGGAAGGCGAAACUGCAACACAAGCUGGACAAUCCUUGCUUCAAGUUUUGGGAGAAGAAAGACGCAAUCGGGUCCUGUCUUCUCUCUACAUUUGUCGCUGCGAUACUUCUGCGCAAGUUCGAGUAGCUGCCAUUGCCGUGUGGAAAGCACUCGUUGCAACACCGAGAACACUGCGUGAACUAGUACCGACGCUAUCUCAGAUGAUUAUUGCUCGCCUUUCCUCGUCCAACAUGGAGCACAAAGAGAUUGCUGCCAAUGCUCUGGGCGAAGUGAUCCGUAAGGCUGGAGAAGGUAUUUUUGCCUCAUUGCUACCGUCCCUUGAGGAAGGCCUUCAAUCUUCCACCGAUCCAGAUAAACGACAAGGCAUAUGUAUUGCUCUCCGGGAGAUUGUCGACGCUGCUUCACCAGAGUCUCUGGAAGAGCACGAAAAGAAAUUAAUUGCCAUUGUCCGACUGGCGCUGACAGACUCCGAUCCCGAAGUGCGCGAUGCUGCAGCAGAAUCCUUUGACUCUCUUCAACAGAUGUUUGGCAAACGAGCUGUGGAUCAGGUGUUGCCACAUCUGCUGAAUUUAUUGCGGAGCGAAACGGAGGCUGAACAUGCACUGUCCGCGCUGCUUACUUUGCUCACUGAAGCUACCAGGGCCAACGUUAUUCUGCCUAACCUGAUACCGACGCUACUCACCAACCCCAUCACUGGCUUCAAUGCCCGGGCGCUGGCUUCAUUGGCUAAAGUUGGAGGUGCAAGCAUGACUCGUAGACUGCCUACAAUACUGAACAGUCUCGCGGACAACAUAGUCACAUGCAAGGACGAGGAACUUCUAGGAGAAUUGAACGAGGCCUUCGACGCGACAUUGUCUUCCAUUGACGAAUUCGAUGGUCUCAACACUGCCAUGAGUGUGAUGUUGGCCAUGAUCAAGCAUGACGACCACAGAAGACGUGCGCUCGCUGCAAAUCAUUUAGCGACGUUCUUCGCAAAUCCCGUUCUCGACUAUUCCCGCUAUAACCAAGAUCUCAUCCGCGCCCUUCUCAUCUCAUUCGGCGAUCGAGACCAAGAUGUUGUCAAAGCCGCCUGGUCCGCACUUAACCAGCUGCAGUCUCAUUUGCGCAAAGAAGAAAUGGAGACACUAGUCACCUCCACCCGACAAGUCCUCCAGCAAGCUGGAACAGCAGGAUCAGUCCUACCUGGAUUCGCGCUUCCUAAGGGUAUCCUGCCUGUACUUCAAAUCUUCCUGCAAGGCUUGAUGAACGGUACAACCGAGCAACGAGUCCAGUCUGCUAUGGGUAUAUCAGACAUCAUUGAGCGGUCUAGUCCUGACGGAUUGAAACCGUUUGUCACCCAAAUCACCGGUCCGCUCAUCCGUGUUGUUGGGGAGAGAUCAAUGGAUGUCAAAUGUGCUAUCCUGUCCACUCUCAACCUGCUCCUCGAGAAGAUCCCUACUUUCUUGCGUCCCUUCUUGCCUCAGUUGCAAAGGACAUUCACAAAAUCGAUCGCCGAUCCGACAAGUGAAAUUCUCCGUACACGGGCAACGAAAGCAUUAAGCACGCUCAUCACGUUAACACCGCGCGUCGACCCCUUAAUUGCCGAACUCGUUACUGGCGCGAAGACCCCCGAGGCCAGUGUCCGCAAUGCCAUGUUAAAAGCCCUUCAGGAAGUUGUCAGCAAGGUUGGUUCGAACAUGUCCGACAGCUCCCGCGAAUCCAUCUUGGGGCUUAUGGACAGCCAACAUGACGUUCAGGAUGAUAAUAUGAUGGUGACCAAUGCUCGGCUUCUGGGGGCUAUGAUCAAAGUUCUUCCCGCAGAGAAAGCUGCGACUUUGAUCAAGACUCGUGUACUCGCCCAGCCGUCGACCAACGCGUCAAUUCUUGCUUUAAACGCCGUGCUUUUGGAAAGCGCUCCGACUUUGAUAGAAAAUCCGGCAUACGCAGAAGAUACACGGAACGUCCUCGUCAACGGGCUAACUGGGAAGAGCGGUACUUUCGUCCAACAGAAUGCUGUACUUGCAUUAGGAAAAUACCUCCUCUCUCUGCAUGAAAUAUCUUCUGGCGUCCAAAUUGAAGAAACAUGCGAACCCCUCUUCGAAGCACUCGCGUCCACAAUCCCACCAGGAGGAGACAUCGACUCUCGCCGCCUUGCACUGGUGGUCAUCCGCACGAUCUUCCGCCACCACGGCAACAGUCUGCGCGAGGACAACAAACUCGUGGCCAUCCUGGCACCGCCGGUUUUUGCAUCGGUAAGGGACGUCGUCAUCCCUGUCAAGUUAGCAGCGGAGGCAGCCUUUCUCGAACUCUUCAAUGUGGUCGAUGAGGAAUCUGCCCUCUUCGACAGGUACAUGGGCUCAGAAGACGGUGGCAAGACGCUUGGGGUGGGGCCGGCAAGGGCGAUGGGAGAUUACUUCAAACGCGUGGCACUCAAGUUGGGAACAUCUGCGAGGGAGAGGAGGGCGGCGGAAGGUGGUGUCAGAGGCGGGCUGGGGCUGAGUUCGGAUGAAGAGGAAGAUGAGAGGGAGGUAUGGAGUGUGGGACGUGUGGAUCUGGGUGAAGCAGGAUUCGGCGAAGAAUAG